GGUUCUCUCGUUUUCCCCCCUCGGACUCGCGCCAGGAACCGGCGCGGUCGCGCUCCGUCCUAUUUCGGCCGGACGGGGGUGCAGUCCGGCGAAGUGACGCGCCUUCGGCGCGGCGUUAUCGCGAACGGACUAUGCUUCUGGGAGAAGCCGCGCGCCACGGCCGCCAGGUGGCGACAGACGAAAGACAGUGGGACGGCGCAUAGACACCCUGCAACGGGAUUGUCUCUUCUACGGGGAUCGUCGUCCGCGAUUUUUCUCGCGAUCACCACGGACCUACGGCAAGAUUUUCAGUCCCCGAGGAGCCCAAUGUGGGUGGAAGUGAGAUGGCAUCCAGGGAAAAGAAACCCUUAGCGCCUUCCAAAUCGAAACAGAAGGCGAAUAAUGACUCUGGUUUGCCAUCCAAUGAGGUCAAGAAUAAGAAAGGCAGGUCAUUGCCGAAUAUAAAGCAGCAGCAACUUACGCAAGAGAUUUUUGAUACAGUAGCAACAGGUAGUCAGGUUCCUGUUAAACUAGAGGCGAGCUUGCCACGCAGGAAUGCCCUUAAAAAUCUGAAGCGCAAACAGAAUCUAAGAGCAACUAAGGUAAAUCUCAUUAAAUCCAAGGUUACCAGGAAAGUGACGAACAGAAAUAUACGCAGAAUAACUCCUGACGUUAAGAAAGGUGUGAAGACGAAAAAAAUUAAGCAAUCAGACGAGUCGACUGUCGAUAUCUCUUCGAAGAUCUCGGAAAAUCAGACAAACAAUAAAGACAACGAAAGCAAAGGAACUGAAACACCAAGUAAAAGUGCCAAGAACAAUCUCAGGACCAAAAAAAUCAAAUCUGACAUUCAGAACAAAGAAGAGGCCAGUGCUACAUCUAGCGUUAAAGUUAGUGCAAAACUUGGCAGGAAGGGAAAAGCGACAGAAAGUCCUGACUCUUUGUCCAAGAGUGCCAAAACAACAAAGUUGACAAAUUUGAAGAAGAAUACCAAGGACAAUUUCAUCAAGGUUGCAGAGGACAACAGAGAUUUGCAUAAGAGUGCAAAGGGCAGAAAGAGCAGUGGCAAGGAAUCAGAUUGUGGUAGCGUAAAAAGCAAUUCCAGCGUUGAAAAAUUUCCAAAGGCAAUUUUGGAUGACAAAAAUUCUAUUGAUCUUACUAUAGACGAAGUUAUUGCUUUUUCAAUGUUGAGUGAUUCUGAAACUGAAAAUCAGAGCGUUACAGAGAAGACUGAGGGAAAAGUAACAAGGAGUAAGAAGAUGUUGGUGGAUGAAAACAUUGCCUGCGACAUUGAAAUAAAGAAAGAGCCUGAAACCGAUGACAUGAAAGUUACAUCGGAUGGAGAAUAUACAGAGACGGAUCAAGGUUUCCACUUUCAGAAUGCUAUUCAAUUGAGAAAGAGAUCGAAAGUCGGUUAUAUCGAACAAAUAUCUCAAAGAAGCUUGAGAAAUGGAAAACAGCGACAAUUAUCAGAUUCGGGGAACUCCGCGGAUAAUGAUUCUAAAAAGCGUCAUAGAUUAAAUUCGGAUGGGACUAUUAUCUCGGAUAAUUUAAUAGAACAUAUCUCGGAUUGUAAUACAAAUAUGGAUCCUUGCUUUGCGGAUCCCAGUUGUAAUGAAUCUCAGACUGCAUCGAGUAAAGAGGAGAUUUGUUUAAAGGAUGAAGUGUCCAAGAGUUUCGACGAGGAAACUGAUGUCGGAUCGGAAAUGGAGAACAAUAAUAAUAGUGAUCGUGUAGAUAGAACAGGUGAAACGGGCCCGACAUUGCGUUCUAAAACUAAAGCUAAAACUAUAGAAAACGAAGCAACAAAAGAUGACGAUGUUAAAAUUGAAGACACGCGGAUAACAUCCAAGUGUGCGGAAGCACAGGAGGAUUCAAAGAAGCUUAAUAAUUUAGAUCAGGCGAGAAAGGAUUGUAUUUUAGCCAAACUUACAGAUAAAUCGAAAAGUCGUAGGAGUAGUUUAAACAUAGAUAUGAAAAAGACAGUGAAUUCCUUUUACAAUUCAGAUAAAUCAGAUGGUAAUUCAAAAUCGCAAAUAGAUCAAAUGAUUGAGAAUAUUAAAUUAAAUAUUGCAAAAUCUAUCGAGAGUAAGAUAUUUGGUCCCGAGAAGGGUCUUGGAUUAAGUAAAAACUUCGAUGUGCCCAAAAUCGAAGAGAUUGUCGCGCCACUCAGUACAGAUUCCCAGAAAAUGGGAUUGGAGGACAGUACCGACGAGGACAGAUCCGCUGUUGCGAAAAACGAGAUCACGUCAGAUAGCUCGGAGAAUUCAGUACCAAAAGUGGCCGAUACUGCCAAAGAGAUUGAAGAGAAACUAGUCAAGUCUGAUAUUGGGGAAGCAGAGACGCAUUCGCAAAACAUCCAGGAGAACAGGGCCUCCGAUAAUGACAGAAUUAAUAAUGUACAUAAUAUUUGUGAAUCUACAUGUAAUAUAAGUAAUAAUAGUACUGCAUCUUGCAACAGUAUGGAUGAAUCGGAAGUCGAAAGCGUUGGUUGUAGCACAGCCAGCAGUGCUUCGGUCAGUUGCGAUGAUAAUGAGUCGAAGACUUUGGACGAGAAUAAAAAGAUCGCUACGAGAAGGUCUCCGAGGAUCAGUGAUAAAAGUUUAGACAUCAGUAAUUCCGAUGCGAGAAAAUCGAACAGGACACCGAGUAAAGCAAUUUCGAGAUUGGAAGAUAUUUCUGCGGAACAUGUACAAAAAUCUACGAACGAGGACACAAUUUUAGAGGAUGCUGCACCUCGUCAGCUUUCAGAUGAUAAUGCUACAACUGCGCUAGUACCUGCAUAUUCUUCUCGGGAAGUAGAGGAGAGAUUUACGGAAAAGCACGCAGAAGCGAAAGAAUUAGAAACUUCUCUAAGCAAUUCGGAAGAUUCGGAAACGCUGGAAAGUAUAUCUCUCGAGGUAGAGAGACUAGUUGCAGAAGACCAAUCUGCCAAGUCAUCAUUACCAAACGCUACAAACGAUACAUCGCUAAGCAAAGAAAUAAUUUCUGAUACAAUGUUAUCGGAUAAGGAGCCAAUGAUCCAGCGUGUAAAUAAACAGGAAGCAUCCGCUUGCUGCAACGAGAGUUCUAUGUUAGAAUCAGCUGCCAAUACUGUAAACGAAAUACCAAGCGAAAGCCAUGCGGAUAGCAAUCUUGCCGAUGCGAACGAAACAUUGCAAGAGAACGAUGCUUCCUGCAAAACAGCGCAAAGCGCGAAGCAUUCUAAAACAAAUAACGUAUCAACCACCGCAAACUGUGAUUCAAAUAGCGAAUGUAGCUCUGUAAAUUCUGUGCCUGUACGCAUGUGCACUCCCAUUUCUUGGCAGAACGAUGAAACCAAGAACCUCGACGCGGAUAACGACUGCAAAGAACCGGGCAAAAUCAGCGAUUCAAUAUCAAGUUUGGACGAAAAUGUUUUGGAGUCAAAUUCGGAAUCUAACAAAACGGAUUCAAGCAAUAAAUCACCAGACAAUAAAGAUUCUGAGGAACAGAAACCUGUGAAUGAGAAGAAAAGAGCGUUACGAGCUCGUGAUAAGCAGAAGAAACAACAAUCUGCGUCUCGCGGUCGAGAAUACGUCGAUGGCGUAAAAGUCAAGGCUGAGGAAGCUGGCGUUCAAAAGACGCAAAAUUCCCCUUUACAGGGCGAUACCGACAAGACGCCGCAAAGUUCAUCAGUAUUGGACGAGACUGUCGUUUCCGAAGAUUCUCAGAAGAUUGAAGAUACGGGUGAUUCGCCCAAUAGCAAUGAAUCGGAUGACAUUCCCGAGUCCCAAGCCCGUAAUACUCGUCGCAGUAGAGACAUCAAGAGGCGCAAGGAAGAACCGUCGUUAUCCAGUAGCUCCAAGACUAAGCGCGUCAAGCGAGAGUCGCGAAAGUCCGAUCAGCAGAAUAAAGAAGAGACUCUUCUGGAUAACGAGGUCGCCAAGAUUAACGAGAACAAUAGAUCGUUCUUGAACAAGUACGACGGUGCCGAAGUAUCCCCCCGUACGGGUCAUAUAAUCCAUGAAUUUCUCAAGGAGCAAACCAGACUUGAUAAGAAGGGAUCUAAUGUGCGCAGCAAAUCGGAAAACGAUUUAACAAUUGUUGGCGCAAAAAAUUGCAAAAGCGCGAAACGACAACUCUCGCGAAACUUGUCUGAGAAUCACGUGUCAAAGCAGACGGCUGACAGUAUAGAUAUCCUGGAAAAUGAAUGUAAGAGUCCCAAAAUACCGGAGCUGGUACAGAAGGAUUCCGACGAGACUUCUACAUCUGGCGAAUCGUCUAAUAGCGAUAUGCCAAAGAUCCUGGAAACACCUGAAGACAAGGAAAGAAAAGAGUCGAUCUUGCGAACGUUGGGACUGGAAUCUCUGGAAGAAGCUGCGAAGAGAGUGCAAAAUCAGCAAAAAAUUAAAAAGGAGCAAUCGUCAGGUACUUUGAAAACGAUUAUCAAGGUAACGCAAAAGGAGAAGGAUAAAGAUAAACGAGGAUCGCGAUCUCCAUUAAAGAUGAUCCUCAAACAACAGGGUCGUGGAGAUGGAGAAGGGGAUUCACCCGAGUUUUACACCAUUCAAAAGGAGUUUGGAACCAGUGGUUUGGGAGAUAGCAGCUCUGGUGCGAACCGAAAGUUCACUACUAACCACAGACACUCUUGCGAUGACGAUAAUGAAGACGCUACACCUAAGGAUCGUCAGUCGCUUGUCAUUCCAGAGAAAUCUUCCUCUUUUUCUAUACAUCCCGGACGUGUAUGUUCCGACGUAUGUUCCUACUGCUUUGGCAAAUUCGGUUCGCUGGAUACGCCAAUGCACUUAGCACAAAUAAAAUCCGACGAAAGGCGAAAGAAGAUCUUAAACUUGGAGAGACAUCUUACAAAAGAUUCGUGUCUAUGCGAUGCGUGCUAUCGUCACGUUGAUAGAAAGGCGAACACUAGUCCGGCAAAUAUGCAGCAAAAGCCGCAGAAGCAGCACAGACAAUUAAUGGUAUCAAAAUGUUCGGCUCGCGAAUGCCGAGAUCCUGCGCGACAUCACGUUAAACGUCGUUGGUUGCUCAAGAUAAAAACUGCUCUACAAAAUCAGGUCGACAUAGAUUGGGAGUCGUCUCAGCACACCACGAUGUCGUUUUGCGUUAAUCAUUACGAAAAGAUUGGGCGCUUUUUGACAUGCGCACUGUGCAAACGCCGACUAGCACGAACGCAUACCCAUCAACUGACUAGCGCGGAGAUUGACGAAUUAAAUCAGCUAAUCGGUCAGCAAGGAAUUCACGUUACACUAACAGCCGGCACAUUUGUAUGUAAACUAUGUCGAUAUUUUACCCAAGUGCAACUCAAGUAUAAGGAUCUCGAAAACAUGAACGUGAAUCACAGAAACUUCUGUAAAAGUUAUCGAAGGCGGAUCUUGCAUUACCAUGGAAUCGAAGUGCCCGACGAGGAGGACGAUGAUUCAUCACAGCAGGCGAAUCAGGUCAAGGACAAGAAAAGUAAGAAGAAUACCAAAAGCGCGCAGCUUAAGAGCGGGAGUUCCAAGUCCCCGGAACACAUGACGAGCGGCACAUCAGAGAAGUCGACGCCGGAACCGAAUAAGAACGAGGGUGUGGGAUGUCCAAGCUCUUGCGAGAUGAGUGGCGAGAAUCGCGUCGCAAAGACAAGCGGCGACGAAAACAGUGGUACAGAUAUUCAAUAUCUUAACAGUAUCGAGAGCGCUGUGGAGAAUUUGAAGAAGCGUAAGAUACUUGACAUGCAUACGUACACAUCGACGGGCGACGGCGCGACGACGGCGAAUGAAAUGGUUGAGAUUCUCGGGAUGGAUAACGAGGUUACUCUGACGCGACUGCCGAAGAGGCCGAGACUCAAUAAUAAUAACAACAAUGACAUAACGCCCGUGGUGCAGAGACUUGGCGCGAAUCCCUCCAUAAGCGUGCGCACGCUUUUCCCAGGCGAGGAGGAGAUGAAUCUUCACGUCAACAUUGAAUUUCAAAACGUACGCGAAGUAACGCCGCAGGGAUGGGAGAAGUGCGCAACAAUGAUUCAAUACGAUCGCGAAACCAAGCAUCUCUGGCAGCAAUUGCAGCGACCGUACGGCAAUCAGAGCUCCUUCCUACGACACCUCAUCCUUUUGGAGAAAUAUUACAGGGCUGGCGAUUUGAUACUGGCGCCAAACGCUUCACGAAACGCGAUCAACUACUCUACAUCGGUGCAAAACAGAUUGAUAUCGUAUGAAGGCCCAGAAAAGAUGGAUGAACCGAUAAUGGAACCGAUCGCAGCGGAAUACAAUUCGCGUCGUUUAAGCGGCGGCUAUGUGCUGGAAAAGGAUAGACUGUCCGUUCCCGGCACAAGUUCGAUGUCCAAACCAGCCACUAGCGGCAGCGGUGCGAUGUCAUCGCAUUCAACGAAAGUGAAUUCGCCGCGGGUGCUCAAGCUCAACUCGGGGGUGUCGAUUAUCAAGAAACCGCCGCCUAAUUUGCAACGAUUAAAUCUGUCGUCCACUAGCGGCAGUAGCGGAGUGGUCGGUACCACAACGAAUGGUGGCGUUAAGCGGAAGGAUGGACAAAAUGUAUCUUCUUACGGCGGCGGCAGCAGCAAAGUAUUUCAAUUGAGCGAAUCGGACCUAAAGCGGAUGCAGACGCUCAACAAACGGCAGAAGCCUAGCGACAGACAGUUUGGUGCCGGUACGAGUAACGGAUCGAGCUCACCGACCAGCGGCAAUAUCAGAUCGCAUUACCAGAAGACGCAGAUCGCUACGAUUCCCGGCCACAACCAGCAGUUCCAAAGGCAUUUGCGGAUGCAACAGGAGAUGCUGAACCGUCAGAGCCGCGGCGAUUUCGAGCCGCUUAUCUGCGACAUGACGCGUUCCGCCGCGAACGAAAACAACCCUACCGGCCAAAAUCUCAUACACAAUCUUAAUCUACCCAAAUCGAUCCAAGUGACGACCAAGCCGACGACGUCGUCAACGAGUAGUCCGAUUCCGAUUUUGCCCAAGAUCCCAAAAUCAUUGACAGUAAUACCGCAGACCGUCACGAGACCCGCUGAUAAAUGAAAGAACGAGAGACCGUAAGUAGAUUACAUUGUUGAGCAUACAGUUUCUUCUCUUCUUUUUUGAAGGAGGAGACGCGGUGCGGCGAAUACGGAAAAUCGAUUACACGUGUGCUUUUUUUACGCACCCGAUCGAAAUUAUCGCCAAAGCAAAAUAAGAUAUUGAUGAUGAUCGAUGCUCGGAGAGCAGUUUUUGCCUUACGUGAGCGCAUCGUGGCAUGCACUUACCGAGCUUAACGCUCAAAACAUAUACAUACAUAUAUACACGUAAAUACAUAUAUACAUGUACACAUGUAUUGACACACUUUGAUUUUACAUUCUGAUUAAGACAGAUUAUAGAUGAUUUAUAUUUGUUGCAUUAAUCAUGAUCACACAGACUUGUAGAUAAAUUAAUAGAAUAAUUUUAACAAAUUGAAACACUUCGAUUUCUUUAACAAUAUUAUAUUAACAACCAAAGCAUUAUUAUAAAAGUAACGAAAAAUGUGUUGAACAAUGCUGUUUCCAUAAAAAAUAUCUAAAGUGAGAAGAGCGGAAGUUAAUAUUAUCUUUAAUAUUAUCUUUAAUAUUACGUAAUUUUGCACAGUCAUUACAGAAUCAUUACAGUCAAUAUGCAGAAUCGUUUAGUAAAUCGUUACAAACGGAGAGGCGGACAUCUUUUGCGAAAAACUCGACAUUUUUAAUAAAUAACUGCAAUUAAAAAACUUAAAAAUUCUACAUGACUUUAUUCUCUUUCAAGGUAAGUAACAUAAACUUUUAAAGAGGUUGAGCAUUUUUUUGUGAAAUACACUGUAUUACAAAAGAUAUAGAUAAUGAUAUUUAUCUACCCCGAAGCAAAAUCGUUUAAUUGUCGAUCAUUUUCAAUUAAGUAAAUUUGCUUACUUUUAUUUGAAAUCCAUUAUUCCCGAAGAUAAAUCAAGAAACAUUUUCUUGUAGCAAAUUAAAAGAAUCUUUUUGUUUGUGUGUGUGUGUUUUUUUUUUUCCUUUCCUAUCAUUAGAUAUCAUCUCGCCGAUUGUACAUUAUCGAUUUAUUGAACAUCAUGUAUAAAUAGACUUCAUUAUUUUAACAGCAAUGUAUAGAUUCUAAUUUAAACGUAAUUUUA